AUGUGCCAACACCAUCAUCAUACCACUUCUUCCUUAUCAAAUUCGGGAAUGAUGCAACAAGCUCAUUCGGGUGCUCCAAGUUUAUUUUCUAACGUAAUGAUUCCUCCUAAAAUUAUUGUGAUGGGUAUGAAUAAUAAUAACAACAAUAACAUGACUCAUCAUAUGAAUAUGUAUUUUUCAUCACAAUCAUUUGAAACCUUUGUGAAAUAUGUCUUGUUUGAGAACUGGAAUGUUGAUACGGAUUGGAAAUUUGCUCUGUCUGUAAUUGGAAUUUUCUUAGUUGCAUUGUUGAAUCAAUUGAUUUUCUUUUUGCUACAUAUUCAAGUUCCGAAGAAGAGAAAGAUACUCCAUAUUUGUGUCUCUUAUAUUGCGAAACCAAUUGGGUUCUUUUUGGAAAUGUCCAUUGGUUAUUUAUUAAUGUUAGUCUCAAUGACCUACAAUUUUGGUCUUUUUAUGGCCAUACUAUUUGGAAAUUUCGUUGGAUACAUUCUCUUUAACAUGAUUUACACACAAAUGCUAGAAGGUUAUUAUCAUCAAGGUGAAACUACAGAGCAUGAGGAACAUGCUUGUUGCAAAAAGAGAGAAUAUGAGAAGAUCAUUGACACGGAAGUGAAGAAAUACAGUACUACUGGUGUUGUGAACUUCUUUGAUGAAGAGGAAGUGAGAACUGAAAGCAUGGCAAUCAAUAGAGGAAAUAAUAAUGACAACAAUGAAAUUUUCCAUCAGUACAUUGAAGGAACGAGCUCUUCAGUCAGGAGCUACCACGAUUAUUAA